AUGGCCAGGUUGUUGCGUGCGCUGUGCACGGCACGUGGUGUUGCCGCCCUACAGCAACAGCCACAGCAGCAGGCGCUGUUGCUUGCCACACACAGGUGGCUGUCAUCCUCCACCCUGACGUUGCGGGCAAGCGACGGGAGCAGCGGCAGCGCUGGCGCUGGUGGUGGUGAGGCUCAACACGACAACAAGCACGACGGCGACGGCAACGGCGAUAACAAGAAGGCUAAGGCACCAAGCCCACACGAGGUGCUCAAGCAGAAGGAAGGGGAGCAAGGCGGGCCAAAGGGACCUGAGCCAACGCGAUAUGGCGACUGGGAGCGCAAGGGCCGCGUCUCCGACUUCUGA